UUCAUUCAGAAAGAAAUCACACAAACCCAGCCAAAAAACCCUAGCACUGUAAGCCUACCACACAGCCGCAAGGAGUGGCAUACUGCCGCCGUCCAUCGCACUCAAAGUUCGCCAUCCGUCCGUCUAUCUAGCUUCCCUCGUGCUCCAAGUCUUCAACCCCUGUUCGCUGUCACCGAUCGCGGCUGCUUCCUCGAGCUCGGCGUCCGUCGUCUUUAUCUGCUCAGCCGCGCUUCCGUCGCCGUUUGUGUGCCGUUCACGUUCGGGUUUUCGUUCAGCUGUCGUCUUCGUUCGCGUUCUUCGCCGUUCACCGUUCGCGUUCACUCGCCGUUCACCGUUCGAGUUCGCAUUCGCGUUCGUCUGGAAGCCACGUUGCUGUGCUUCAAACUCUGCGACCAACCCGCGCGCUCCACCUGGCCGUCGAACUGUUCUCUUUUGUCGCCACCGGAAGCACAACUGCACAAGUUCCUUUCUUCUUCAUAGCUCACAGCCGCCGCUCCUGCAACUUCUUGUUUACACGCGCUGCCGCCAACUCCAUUGUCAAACCACUGGAAUCAAAAGUCCCCUUUAAAACCCCACUCCAAAGAUGCAGCACGAUGAGGUUAUAUGGCACGUUAUCAGGCACAACCAUUGUAGUUUCAUGGCCAAAAUUACGACGGGGAAUUUUUGUAGAAACCCUUACAAUGUUACUGGACUUUGCAAUCGAAGCUCGUGCCCCUUAGCUAACAGUCGCUAUGCUACUAUACGAGAGGAAAAUGGUGUGUUUUACCUUUACAUGAAAACUAUAGAAAGAGCUCAUAUGCCAAACAAGUUGUGGGAAAGAGUUAAGCUGCCAAGGAAUUAUGAAAAGGCACUUGAAGUCAUUGACAAACAUCUGAUGUAUUGGCCUAAGCUUCUUAUACACAAAACAAAGCAACGAUUGACCAAAAUGACCCAGAUGCGGAUACGCAUGAGGAAACUUGCGUUGAAGACAAGGGAGAAAAUAAUGACAACUCCGAGGAAGGAGAUAAAGAGAGAGGCUAGAAGACAAGAGAAGGCUGAAAAGGCAGCUUUGUUAGAAAAGUCUAUUGAGAAAGAGCUACUGGAGCGCCUUCAAAAAGGAGUUUAUCAACAAAGUGACAUUUACAAUUAUCCUAUUGAACAAUACAAUAAAGUUCUUGAUAUGGACAACCUUCAACCUGCUGAGGAAGAGGAGGAGGAAGCAGAGAUAGAGUAUGUGGAAGGUUAUGAUGAACUUGAAGAGGAAGAUGACAUGGAGGAUUUUGUUAAUUUUAGAAUUGAUGAUGCUGGUGGCGAUGACAAUGAUGAAAAUGCUGGAAGCUCUGAAGAUGAAGAGGCAGAAGCAGCUGCUCAGAGAAGGGUGAAACGGAAGAAUAAGUUAGCUUCAAUGAAAUCUGAGAAGGAUUCUGUUGAUCUUAAAUCAAAGAAGGCAAAGGUCCUUGUUGAGGUUGAGCGUGAUGAUGCCAAUGAAAGACAAAGGGAGGUAUCAGUACGGUAGUUGCACUUGGUGACUCGGCACUGGUCAUUGAUAGGAGAGGAAAGGAGAGGUGCGAUAGGAGAAACAAAAUUUUGGUUCAGUUUUAUUAGUUUGUUUUGUACCCAGACGAGAAGAAGGCACAGAAAUUCAUUUUUCUUUUUUAUUUUUAAUUUUAUUUCCAACUUUUGAAGGGCAGUGUUGUCAAAUUUCAUAACACGAGUCUAGGUUGGUUGGAAAUUGGAAUGGCAUGGAGCUUCAGCAUCUCAAUCCAAUGUUGGUCUCCGUUAUAUGACGGGGAGUAAUGGUGUACUAAUAUCUUGGAUAACAUGUAACAUGGUGUUUGACUGUUUGCUAUAUUUAGAUCCCUUAAUACUAUGUACCAAAACAAAGCUGAGACUCCUUAAGGUAAGACAUGUUAUAUUUUACUAAUAUGAAUGAAUACAAACUCUCUUGGAAAAGUA